AUGUUUGUCGAUCUGAUUACGGCGCGCCGCUCAGCUGGGUGGUCAGUUGACCGGCAUAAUUCGGGACUACGGGAGCGUGGUCAUCGAUGCAUGAAAUAUUCGCAGCCCACGCAAAUGAACGGCAGGCGCGACGCACGGGACGGGAAAAAUCGUGCCAUUUCACUUCUCACGGAAACCACCCCGACGGAGCUAAGUCAACAAACGGUCGACUUCGGCUUCAUCAGCGUCAGUGGGCAAAUCAAUAGAGUUCGUAGCCCCUCGAUUUGUUUGUCU